AUGGACGUGGCUAUUAACAACCGCCUCAAGGCGCUCAGGGAGGAACUCAAUCUGGAGGAAGGCGACGAGUCGGUGUACACUCACCUUCGUGAACUAAUCCUCGACGGAACCGUGAUAAAAACGCUAACACCUCAGGAUGGAGACCUGCUCGCAAAGUUCAAGAAUCUCGCGAAGCUCUCGCUCAACGGCACAGGGCUAACCUCGCUUACCAACUUCCCCGAGAUGCGCUCGCUGAAGGUGCUCGAGAUGACCGACAACUACCUCACCGACACUGUCAUAUUCUCCAUGAUACCGAACCUUUUCCCCAAUCUGAGUAUGCUGCACCUGGGAGGGAAUCACCUCAAGACAAUCGAGGACGUGCACAUGUUACGCCCAAUGAAACACCUUGUGGCAUUGGGUCUUGCUAUGAACCCGCUGGCGUCUGCCGAAAACUACAGGGAGGCAAUCUUCUCUGCACUGCCUAACCUCCAGAGCCUUGACCAGGUUGACCACUCAGGGGCGGAGCGCCACGUGGAUUCCGACGCCGAGUACUACGAUGAAGACGAAGAAGACGACGAGGAAGAAGGAGACGACGUGCUCAAGAAGUUCUACGAGGCUGACUACAACAGUGACGACGACCAAAACGACGAAGAGUUCGUACCAGACGAUGGGCAAGAGGAGGAGGAAGAUUUCUACGAGGACGAGGAGGAAGAAGAAGCCGACGAUGACGAUUAUGCGGAAAACGGAGAUGGCACUUCGUCAUCGAGCAGCAAAAGAUUGAGGGAGGAGUCAGACGACGAGGCGGAUCACAAGAAGGUCGCACACUAA